ACCUGCAUAAGAUCAGUAAUUAAGGGGUCCUUGUUCCUCCUCUCACCAAAUCUCACCACAGUAUAUAAAAGUCUCCACCUGGUUCAGUUCAUCACUCAGCAGUUACAAUGGGGCUCUUAACUGCUGCUUUAGUUGUCGGAGGAGGUGCAGCUGGGGCUGUGGUCGCAGCUCCUGUUGUUCUGUGGGUCGCAGGGUUCACCGCAGCAGGAAUAACUGUAGGCUCCUAUGCUGCAGGCAUGAUGUCGGCUGCUGCAGUCGCUAACGGAGGAGCAGUGGCAGCAGGAAGCACAGUGGCUGUUUUGCAGGCAGCAGGUGCAGCUGGUCUGUCAACCGCUGCUACUGCAGCCGUGGCUAGUACCGGAGCAUCAGCAGCAGCAACCGUGGCAUGGCUGGCUGCACUCAUCUGAAAAAUCAACAAAAUGAAUAUUUUUGCUUUUGCCAAAUGAAGGAGGCAACUGCAAAAUAUAUCAGUUCACUUAUAGCACAUAUACAUGUUUUGUGCAAUAAAUCUGUGAAAGAUA